AUGUCAGCUCUGUCACCUGAAACCCGUUACCACGGUCACACCCAUUGUGAAGAAGAAAAAACAAAAAACCGCGCCAUUGAGAAAAAGAAAAUCAAAAAACAACGCCUUCUCCAAAAAGAAGAAGAGAUCGAAUCAUUUUGCGAAAAAGAGAAAAACCGCUGGCUUAAUUUCAGCAAGAAAAUGAUAAAAACAGGGAAGACUAAAAAAAGCAUAUUUGCAUCUCCUGAAGCACUGGAUGGUCGUGUUGGUGUUGGCACAUGUGGUAUUGGUGGUAAGCCAAUGACAAAAUUUACUGUAUUGAAUAGCACAAGAAAACACUGA